CGAAGCGGUUAGAACGCCGUCUUGGGGGAGCUAUGCCGUGCCAUCAAGCGUCCGAAGCACGCCAUCACGCACGCGCCUCCGCUGCCGAAAUCGUCGACCGCUUCAAGUCUCCCCCCUUUUGCCUUCCCUCCUCAGGCCGUCCUCCUUUUCCCCACCCAAAUCCCCGAGUCAUCGCGGGGUUUGGGUGCAAAUUAAGUAAGGGACUUGGAUUACGUAGGGAAUUUGUAUUUUUUUUUCUCGUCUUGGUUGCUGGGAAUUUUUUGGGAUACCCGGAGAUCGGAUUCUAUCUGCAAUCGAGCGAUUUUUUUGAUAGCUUGACCGGUGUUGUUGAGGGAUUCCUUUCCUCCCCCGGAGCUUCGUCGUCGCCUUCGCCUUGCUGUCGAUGAUGACUUCUAUGGCGACGGCGCCGUCGUACUGGUGUUACCGUUGCAGUCGCUUCGUCAGGGUUUGGCCCCGGGACGCAGUCGUCUGCCCCGACUGCGGCGGCGGCUUCCUCGAGGAGGUGGAUUCGCCUCCCCGCCCCCUUCCUGUCUCUGCAGCCAGCGCGGAGCCUCGUCGCCGCCGGUUCCCCUCCACCGCCGUCGACAGAGCCGGCGUUAGGAGGCACCACCGUUCGUCCACUGGCGAACGUUCCCCUUUCAACCCCGUCAUCGUCCUCCGCGGUCCGCCCGAAGGUCGAGGCGAUGCGGAUCGUGCCACCGGCAACAGCUUCGAGCUCUACUAUGAUGACGGCUCCGGAUCUGGCCUCCGUCCCUUGCCGGAAAGCAUGUCGGACUUCUUGAUGGGAUCUGGGUUUGAGCGACUACUCGACCAGCUCGCCCAGAUCGAGGUCAAUGGAUUCGGUGGGGGCGGUGGCUUCGAACACCCACCGGCUUCGAAGGCUGCCAUCGAAUCGAUGCCCACCAUCGAGAUCGCUGACGGCCACAUCAUGAUGGAAUCCCAUUGUGCCGUCUGCAAGGAUCCCUUUGAGCUCGGAGCUGAAGCCCGUGAGAUGCCCUGCAAGCACAUCUACCACCAAGAUUGCAUCUUGCCAUGGCUCUUGCUCAGAAAUUCUUGCCCUGUUUGCCGCCAUGAGAUGCCGACAGAUGCACCGGAAAGGGGUAUGGCAGAUCCCGAUGCCGAUGAGCAGACUCACGUCGCUGGCAACGAGGAGGAGAUGGUGGGACUCACCAUAUGGAGGCUUCCUGGUGGUGGGUUUGCCGUUGGGAGGUUUACUGGUGGCAGGAGAGCAGGGGAGAGGGGACUUCCAGUCGUUUACACAGAGGUGGAUGGUGGAUUCAGCACCGGUGGAGCACCGAGAAGAAUAUCAUGGUCCUCCAGAGGGAGUCGGUCGAGGGAGGGUGGAGGAAUUGGUCAAGCAUUCCGCAGUUUUUUCUCAUUCUUCAGGCGUUUGAGAUCUUCUUCCACCACUUCGUCGAGAUUGAGCUCUGAAUCUCGUUCAACCUCUACCUCUUCUCUUAGAAGCAGGAGGCAUUCAAUCUUCAGUAGGAGUUCGCGGAGCCGCACCACUAAUUGGGCAUUGGAGGAUGGGAAUGCAAGUGCAAUUGCAAGAUGGUGAUGAUGACAAAGAACUUGGAAAGCUCAGCUACUUCUCUCCUUGGCUUCAAUUCCUCUACAAAACUGUAAUUACUUGAUCCUUCAAGAGGAGUGAAAAUGAUUGUGUAAAAGGUGGAGAUGGGUGGUCUCUAGACAUGAUUCAACUGUAAUUAGAGAAGAGCUAAAUGACAAAGCAUCUUCGCGGUUCUAACUCCUCUGGGCUUCAUUACAUAUUCUGUUCUCUUUUCCACACAGAGGAGGCUGUAACUUCUCAGGAGUCAUAAUAUUAUGAAGGUAUAUACCUUCUUGUAGUGCCCUUAUUUCAAAAUUUAUAAUGUUUGAGCUCUUAUUUCAAAAAUUAUAAUGUUUGACAUUCUA